GGAAAAGCCAUCCUUGCUAACGAACAACAUUUUUUCCAACGUUGGAUGUUGACGGAAUUGCUUGUAAUUAAUCUUCUGUGUCUCAUUAGUUCUGAUGUGAUAGGAUUUAAAUGGAAUCCGACCCUACCUCGGACCAAGAUUAGUAAGAAUGAAGCACCACCAUAUCUUCCAGCCCCACAAACACCCCGUGUUCACGAAGAUAUUUGAAAGAGUAAUGAAAAUGAGUAGUGUACAUUUUCCACGGAGGGAAGACUUUGACUUCCCAAGUGAAAGGAUUCCCUCGUUUCCUCUAAAUACUACUUCUUCAUUCAGAUUCUGCGUAACAAUUUGCCAUUUGAAGUUCAUUAGAACCAAAACCUGCUUCUGCAAUCAAAGAUAUGGUACUCUUGUUGAUCAGACAAUCAUCUUUGUCCUUCCGAGUCUCGUUCUUCUUCACCCUCCUGCUGCUUUCUUCUUUCCAUGUCUUCGUUUCUGUCUCUGUUUCAAAUUCUUCAAUUCCUAGAGAUGAAUCAACAGGAGUGAAGGAAGCGAAUGCUCUUCUUAAGUGGAAGGCUAGUCUUGAUCAUCAAAGUCAGUCUGUCCUGUCUUCUUGGGUUGGAAAUGACACUUGCUACUGGAUUGGGAUCAUUUGUGACAAGUCUGGAAGGGUUAGCCACUUGAACCUUUCAAACUCCGGUUUAAUAGGAAACUUGACAAACCUGUCCUUUCUUUACUUGUUCAGAAAUAAGCUCUCUGGUGCUAUACCUCAACAAGUUGGAAUGUUGAAAUCUCAACAAGUUUCGAGAUGCUGGUCUUUUUUCUCCUUUUCUGGUCCACUAUUUUCCAGAAGGGGCAUUCUGGUACUUGGCAGCUGUAGGACGAAAUGAUGCAUGCUUGAUUCCAGCAAUUUAUGGCGUGCAAUAUGGAGUACGCCAGGCUGGAAAUUAGUCUUUCACCGUGUUAAAGGAAAAAGAAGAAGGUUAUGCCUCAAGUUGGAAUUGACUCCAUAAAGUGGACUCACUGAAACAUUGCAGAAUUCUCCACCAAAACGUGCAAUUUGCAGUAUUGACUACGCUAGUGGAAAAGAUCAAGAAGACUUGAAUGCCGGAACUAGCUUCUUUGCACCGACAAUAAGCUACCUAAAAGCAAAUAGGAUUGCAGAACCCCAACUUCACUUCAGUGAACUCAAGACAAGUUAGUUUACCAAGUCUCUGUAAUCUUUUCCUGCUAAAUGUUUGGUUUCCAUUAGAAUUUUCUAUAUGCUGAUUCCAAUUCUAAUUUCCUGUUGAAAGUCAAGGCUGGGGAUAGAAUUUGGCACUAAACGAAAAAUUUGUAUGGGGUCCAAGAACAAAUAUUAUAAUGUAGAAGCUAUAUGAACCGGUCUUUCUUGCUAAUUUGGUCUCUGGGGCAAAACUUUUUGACCUAAUAACCUGUUCUAGCCCUGUUCUUACGCAAAUAUGGUUACUCAAGCAAUUAUUUUUUGAUCUGUAUUUUUAUUGGAUGAACGUUUUAGGUGGUAGGGGAAUUCUGAUACUUGGUAGCUGUAGAUGUACAUGCUGGCAGAAGUGAUAAAUGUAAAAAUAAUUUCCUCUACUGUGGGAAGCAGCAGAUGGACGGUUAUAGCAUAUGGGAUGGCAUCGGAGAUUCUGUUCUUAAUGAUUAGUUCCCAGCAGCU